AUGCCCAAUAUCAGUAGAUCAGCCGAAAGGCUCAUUUUCGUGAUUAUAUUGUCAAUUCUUUACGUUAUGAAUCAGCAGUCGAACAGCGCCAAUAUCAAUCAAGACCAUCAUGAUCAGUAUUCAUCGGCUGAUCCAAUUCCAUCAACAAAAUCUGAUUGUAACAACGACGGUACGCAACGAGAUUUGGGACAAAGCUCGCCGAAUUUGGAAAUAAUGGCUCCUUCACAUUCUCUGAACCGCUCGGAAAUGGAGGUUAUUGAAAGCACAACGGACCAAGGCGGAAAUGCUACGGAUCGGAAAUGGGUCAAAGAUCGAUUAGUAAUUCAUUUGGGCAAGGAACACUUCUAUUGGCACUAUGGACAGCGCCGCCUAUGCCAAAUGUUGCAGGAUAUGACGCUGACGGGAGAAAUUCAGCAGGACCCAAAGUACUUUCGGGAUCCUAUUCCUGGACGUCCGAUUCCAAAGUUGGUGACUGAGUUGAACUGUAAUAGCAUUCGUGGAUAUUUUGGUUUUGGAGAAGGCAAUUGGGUCAGUGCUGUAUAUUCGUCACGAAUGGCUGCAGCCAGAGCCAAGGUGGAUUAUAGCUUUUCUUGCCGGAGUGAUACUCGUAAUCGUUUGAAGUUCAUACUUCCGUGGUUAGAAGUUGAGCAAAAAGCUCCCACCAUGGAUGAUCCUUGGCCUUACACGGGACCAAUUGCGACUGUCCCGGAAGUUUGUGGUCAAAGAUACGAUGUGGUAAGGUUGGACAAGUUUGCCGACCAAAUUAUUGAAGAUAUGCGAAAAAUGGCUGUCACAUUGGUGGGCUCUCAAGAUGAUGGAAUUCGAGUACACCCAUCCGUACCAAUCGACCAGCCACCCAUGGUUCCAGAUGUUGUAUUGGAUGAUGUGGUGAUUCAUUUUCGGUGUGGAGAUAUCAUGGGUGGUGGUGGACGGGGAGAUUAUGGGAUGAUCAAGUUCACCGAGUAUUUAAAAUGGAUCAACAAGAACGAAACGAAACGCAUUGGUAUUUUGACGCAACCAUUUGAUCCCGCGAAACUGCGACAGAAGGAUGUCUACAAUGCUGAAAGAUGCAAGGUUGCUACAUACUUGCUGUCCGACACGCUGCAAGACUUUGUUCCAGAUGCUACCAUCACAAUUCACAACGGCGACAAUGAGACGAUACCUUUGGUGUAUGCUCGCUUGGUAAUGGCGAAGCAGGCAUUCAUUUCAUUGUCAUCUUUAACCUGGUUCCCAAUGAUUGGUACUUUUGGACACGGCUAUUUUCAAAAGGGGAACCCAGGAGUGAACCCCUUUGCCGAACAUUUACCGGCAAAGAUGAAUCAUUUGACAAUGAUGACAGCGCCAUGGCUGUCACAAAAGCAAAUUUCGAAAAAGACGUUGAACGAAACAUUGAAAUGGUUCAUCACACCCGAGUAG